AUUUACAUUGAUUCCCAAGGAUCAAGCAGCAGUGGAAAUAACUAUGCUUCCUAUUCUACACCGUAUCAAAACCUGCCCAGUGGGACUAAAAACAACUUUCACGAUGAGUGGACAGAUAUAAGUGAUGAUGAUUAUAUGAAGAGCAGUGUUUCUAGCAAUCAAAACAGCACUUUGAAAAGAAAGAAGAUGAAACGUUAUCCCAGUCGUAAAGAGAACCAGCAAAAUUCGGAUCGAGACGAAGUAUUCAAUGCAGGGAAACAUCAAAUGACCGAUACAAUUUCAUUCACAGAUUCCAGUGAUACUUUGAUCAACAGUGAGGUUGGAAACGAAAGUACGUGUGAUGUCUCCGAAAUCCAGCACUUAUAUGAGCCUGUUUAUGAAAGCUUAGGAAACUACUUGAAAAAGGAAGCCAGCCAAGACGAAGAUAAUUGCAGCAUCUCUCUUUCUCCAGACGAUCGUGAUAAUACCGACUUCAUGCAGUGCUCCUUGACUAGCCUGGAAUCUGGUGAAAGCUUGAACCAAGAAAAAGAAGAAGCUCAAAAAGUUCCAAAUGUUCCAGACAAUACAAAUGCUGUUAACAAAAAGUCUGGGAAUAAAAUUAGCCAAUUGAAAAGACAUUUGUCAUGGACGAAAAAUGACAUCCGCUUGGAACUUUCUUCCAAAUUCAAUAAGAUAAAAAUCAAGAAAAAUGGCCAAAACUCGACAGAAAUUGGUGUUAAGGUUCAGGAACAUGAUUCGAACAACACAUCCCCUAAAAAGAAAACUUUUAUAAAGUGCAUUCUAAGGCAAAAGAGCGCGAGUAGCAUUCCUGUGAAGAGAUCUCCAUCGCCCAAAAAAGAAAGUGCCCACUUUUAUGUCCACCUGUCCAUGGCGCGGGAAAAGCAGAGACCUUUCAGUGAUUCUGCAGUCGUGGAUGAAAUCAUUGCUGGCAAAGAAAGAGGAAAGAGUAUGCAAAACUUUAGAAAACAAUCUGAACCAGCAUUGCCAUUGACUGAUGCUGCUGUUAAGACUCAGUGCCAUUUUAAAGGUCGGAAAUUCUCAUCUGGACCCAUAGUGCAGCGACCCAAAACUCCUCCUCCUUUGCCACCAGUUCAAUCAGGUGUAAAUAACAAGCCAACUGAGAGCAAAUUGGAAUCUAAUAUUUAUGAGUCGUCCUAUGAUACCUGUGAUAGUGUCAAUUCAGAGUUUUAUACUGUUUUGGAUGAAGAAUUUAUUUCGUCAGUUAAUGCUGCAAGCAAGUCCAGAUAUGAGAACGACAUACUAGCCAAAAUACAUUCUACUGCAAAUUCCAGAAAUGGUAUUUCUUCAUCAAAUGAUUCACUACCAUCCAGUAUUAGUACAAUGAAGUCAGAUGAUAAUUCUACUCCAAGAAGACCAUCAGAGAGUCUUAGUUUGUGUCUUCUCCAAACUUUCCAGACGGACUUGUUGAAGUCACCUUUUGAAGAGGAACCGAUGUAUCAAUUCUAUCAGAAAGAUGUGCAACAAAGAGCAACUCUUUGGUACUCUGCUGAUGGUUCUGAAUCAGAGUUUGAGGAUGAUGCUUCUAGCAAACUCUCAGACCCUGAUUAUCAACCAGCAAGGCCUCCUGUACUUCAGUCCCAGAUGUCAGCAAUGGACUUGGUGCAUGGAGAAGGUGGCCAGAGGACACUUUGGUGUGAAGUUCCUGAAGUUGUUGCAAGUGGCAUCUUGAAAAGUAUUUCAUCACACGAGCGCAAGAUACAGGAAGCUAUGUUUGAAGUUAUUACGUCUGAAGCAUCUUAUCUCAAAAGCUUAAAUUUUCUAAUGGAUCAUUUUGUGCAAUGUAAAGAAUUCAGUGGAAAUUUCUCUGAUAAACACGUCUUGGACAAAAGAGAGCGACAUGUGUUAUUUUCAGAUGUCCAGCCUGUGAGAGAUGUCAGUGCAAGUCUGCUGGCAGACCUUGAAAAAAGAUGGCUUGAAAAUAUCAUUUUGAGUAAUAUAUGCGACAUUAUCUAUCAACAUGCUAGCAAAUAUUUUUCAGUGUAUGUUAAAUAUUGUUCGAAUCAACUUUAUCAGGAAAGAACACUGAAAGAGCUGAAAGAAAAACGACCAGAAUUUUUGUCUGUCUUGAAACGCCUGGAGUCCAACCCUAUUUGUCAAGGCCUAGAUAUGCAUUCUUUCUUGAUGUUACCAAUGCAGAGAAUCACUCGGCUGCCUUUGCUGAUUGAUGCUAUAUUUCAUCGACUGUCAUUUGAAUCACCAAUAUAUGAGAGUUGUAAAAUGGCUUUAGCAACUCUAAACAAGCUUGUUGCGGAAUGCAAUGAAGGUGCUCGAAAGAUGGAAAGAAUGGAGGAAAUGCUGGUUAUUAGUCAACAAAUUGAUUUUAAGGAAUGUAAAGGUUUUGGCCUGUUAUCUGCUUCUCGUUGGCUUGUAAAACGAGGUGAACUAAUUCAGCUUUUGAUGGACAGUUCUAACCGUAGGACUUUUGGGCGGAAUAGCAGGUGGUGCAAAAUUCAGCUGUAUCUCUUCCUUUUCACUGAUUUACUUGUGGUAACAAGGAAGAAAAGUGAUGACAGCUAUCUGGUUGUGGAUUAUUGCCCGAGAAACAUGCUGCAGGUUAAACUGCUUGAUGAAAACAUGCCGCCUUUACCAAUGCGUUUACCAUCAAGUUACAGAAAUGUUUUUCAACUUAUUAUGUUGAACAAUAGGGAAGGAAAAACUGUGGAGAUGCUUCUAAGCUGUUUACUUGAGAGUGAUCGUACCCGAUGGAUGAAUGCAGUGACUCCAGCAAAAUCAGAUAAUCCAGAUGAAAAGAUUUAUGAAGAAUGGGAUUGCCCACAAGUUCAGUGCACUCAUGCCUAUAAUGCACAACAACCUGAUGAAUUGUCCCUGGAAGAAGCUGAUGUCGUGAAUGUUUUUAAGAAAAUGUCGGAUGGUUGGUUUGAAGGAGAAAGGAUUCGAGAUGGUGUUCGAGGUUGGUUUCCGUCCUCUCAUGCUGUAGAAAUCAUUAAUUCUCAUGUCAGAGCUCGCAAUCUUCAUCAAAGAUACCGCCUUCUCAUGCUGUCCCAGACGUAUUUGGAAGAACAGUACAAAGCCCAGGCUGCACAAACGAAGAAGUGAAAUUCUGAGCCACCACAAUUUCCUAAGAAUCUCGCCAUAUUUUUGAAGCCAUGCUCAUUGAAUACGAGCAAAUAUGUAUAUUUUGUAUUAUUUGUAAUUUUUAAGCAUGGACUUUUUUAAAGAAUAAUUUUGCUCAAAAGCUCAUUAUAUUUAAAUGCAUUGUAUUAUUGUAUAUUUUCACAUGAAUUAUUUGUUAGCAUUUUUUUAUACGUUUUUAAAUUUUUGUAUGAUACAAACAUUUCUUAUUCAAAUGGUUUUACAAAAACAUUUACAUGAAAAUUGAUGUUGCCAUUUUAUCUAGAAGUUUUCAUUCCAUUCUGUGAUGUAAUAUUAAUUUUCAACAUAGAAAAUAAAAAAUAUUACUUUCAAAUGCUAUUGUCUCCUUUUCAGCUGUGUUGUAUUUUGCACUUCUUUGCAAAUUAACUACAGUGAAGCACCGUUUAGCGUUUAUACGUUUUCGAAGGGACUGUAUGAAAAAAGAGUACAAACGAAAAAAGUAUAAUAGGUAUAGCUUAAUGUGUAUUAGACUUUACAGGGACCAAUUUUAAAAUCAUAUAAUUGAUAAAAACGCAUAAAAGAGAAACGUAUAAACGGUGCUUCACUGUACUAUUCAAAAAUUAACAAUGGCACACAAAACCCAUGCAACUUCUCCCACCUCAUUUCAGACCAUGAGGUUGAACUUCCACAUUGGUUUGCAAAACAAGAUGGCACUCCCACAAACUAUUCAGGAAAAAAAAUUCAACAUGUGACACUACCGUGUAUAAUUCUCAAAUCAUGUUGCAUUGUAACCAAAAGUUAUUCUAGGCAACAGAACAUCCUUUUCAGUGAGUCAUGUUUAAACCAGGGUUAGGUUUUAAGUAAGGAAUGCUUUAACGAAAUAAAGAACCAAAUUUCCUUUGAAAAAAAAAAGAUUUGUUAGGAGCACAAAAUAACUCAAAUGAUUAUUUCACAUAAAUCUAUCGUUUCUGAAAAGCCACUCAUAAAAAUUCAUUUUUAUUGAUGUUUGUCUUUUUUUUUCAUGAAUAUACUGACAAAUAUGAAAAUUGUGAUGACAUAAAUAAUUUGACACAUAAAAUUCAAACAGAACCUACAUUUAUACCAUAAAUAAACAUUUUACAAGAUUAAAAAGAAAUUUCCUUUGGAUAAAUCUCGCUGGAAAGUUUAUUGCAGAACAUGUUUACCAAUAAGUUAAAAAAUAUAUAUAUAUAUAUAAUUAUAAUGUGCACUUAAGUUUGACAAAUUCAAAACAGCUGCAUGCAAAAUUAUGUUUUUAAGAAAAUAACAUUUUCAUACUUUGCAACAGUCUCAAUAAACACUACCAAGGAUUGAGAUGACAAAGACUCAAAUUAUGCCCUUUACAUAAAACAAGAACAAAGUGAGCACAGUCAAAAGGGAUCUAAAAGGAAAAAAAACUAUUGCUCCUCCCCUUUCCCAAAACUAGAGCUUUUAUUCCUUAUUCAUUUUGCUCGAAGCAAGGGGAAUGUACAGUAAAAUUUUAGGUAUCCAGCUUAAUUGGAACCAAAGGCAAUCUGGAUAAACUGGUAGUAUAGAAAAUAAGCAAAACAAAUCCUCAAAUAAAUAGACACACUUUUUAUUACAACAAAAAAGAAUGCUUUAGAACAAAAUUACAUAGGAUUGCUUCACGCAAUCCACUUAUUGUUCAAAUCAAAAGCUUGAUCAUUUCUAGCUCAGCUGCAGUGGUGUCAGACUGAUGUGCCAAGUACGGCAUGAUGAUUAGAUUGCUAUAAUAGGUAAGUUGCAACCUAUUAAAUGUUCAUAUUUUGACUAUUGGAUAUUGUUAAUUGACCCUCAAAACUAAAAAAUUCACCAUCGCCGAAUUCUAAAACUCCGUGAUUGAUUUUUAAUGAAUUUUUAAAAAUCCAUGCGCAAAAGUGCACUCUUCUGAAACAUCACAGGGCACUAAUGGGCAGCCUUCUGCUAAAGAUCCCUUGUUUUCGCUACGGACAUUUUGAGCGCGCUGAUAUUUUUAUUUUUUAGAAAUUCAAUAAUCCUUUUGAACAUUAUGGAGGCCGGACUCGUUAAAGCACAAACUAAUAAUCUUCCUCAAGUAACAUCAAUGAUAGUAUUCGAAUAUUUCCAAGAGGAUGAGAGGUUUAAUGUUCCAGAAAUGCGAGGAGGUAAGCCUUACGUUUCGUCUUCAAAGCCAACUGCACGUCCUUCGGCUUCUCCCACGGCGAAAGAG